AUGUAUCUAGCCGAUCGCGCCUUGGUCCUGGAUUACCUGAUCAAGAAGAUCAUUCCUGAUCGGGAGUUGUUCAUGAGACCUUGGAUAGUGGACUACCAGGUCACAAGUGUUGUGAAACAGAUAUCAAACGAGAAGCAGAAGGGGAAAUCCGGUCUGCCGGAAACCUUCCGUCCACUUAACACUAAGGUCUCAAUUCAUGCAAUUGUCAUGCUUGAGCGGCAGCGGGACCUGUACUUGAAGAAUCGGGACCCACGCGGUGUGGAACUCCUAUCGUGCCAGGCGGUAGGCAGUUGGUUGAAGGGAUGGUGCUUUGAGGGCUGCCUUCAAGUGGGGUCCGGAUAA